AAUUUCUCUCAUAUCGAUGCGACUAUUACAAAGACAGCAGUUUAUGGCUGAGUGUCCUGGAAAGGUGUAACUAGAUUCAGUAUUUGUAGUUACCUGGAAAACAAAAAAAAACAUCAUAUUAAAGAUGGAAAAAGAAGAUACGUUCCAAUAACACAGUUGGAAUAUUUCUGCCAAUACUAAAGAAAACAUGAAUGUAACCAGCAUUAAUGACACCCAGGAUGAACCCUCUAGCAGCUAUUCGGAAUAUUCGUACAUACAUUUCACCAUAGUUGCUGUUGUAGCACUAUGUUUUUGUAUUGUUGGCCUAGUUGGAAAUGUUAUUGUGUUUUGGUACCUGUGCUUCAAGAUCCAGAGAAACAAAUACACAGUUUAUAUUAUGAAUCUGUCGGUAGCUGACGCCCUGUUUAUUGUAUUUACUACCUUGCUUUUGAUGAUCCAUAUAAAUACAAUCAUUGGUACAGAUCCUGAUUUUAUAGGGAAGGAGAGUUUAUAUAUUUUCAUAGAAAUAUUUUAUGAUAUUAUGCAGUAUUCCGGAAUGUAUAUCCUUACAGCUGUCAGCAUGGAACGAUGUAGCUCUGUUCUGUUCCCCUUUUGGUACCGAAGCCAUCGCCCCAGGAACUUGUCCACUAUUAUGUGCAUUGCUCUUUGGAUCCUUGGCUCUUUGGAAAGUCUCCUUGAGAACCUUGUGUGUACAGCAGAUGCUUACUUGGAACAAACCUCACAAUGUUCAGCAGUUCAAAUAAUAGUUUUUAUUUUAGCCAUUGGCAUCUGCCUACCAAUUAUGGCAAUUUCCAGCUUCACCUUGCUCAUCAAAGUAAGGAGGUCAAUAAAGCAGCGAUACACACCUAAACUGUACAUCAUCAUCCUUAUUGCAGUUCUUGUAUUCAUCCUAUCAGUUCUGCCAUUUACUUUUUUGUCAUUUUUAAUAUACUUCAAAUUAACACCAACAGAUUUGGUAACUGUUAGUUUUUUCUAUGUAACAAUUUAUUGCACAGUGCUUAACUGCACCAUCAACCCCUACAUUUACUUUAUUGUUGGAAGGAAAUGGAAACAAAAGACCCCUCACUCAAUCCAUGAAGCCCUUCAAAGAGCCUUUAGGGAGGAAGAAGGUGAGAAUGAUGACUCAAACAGCAACAAAACAAUUGACACAUUAAGCUAAACAAACCUUACAGUUGCCUUCUAGAUUUUCUUUCAAGAGCAAAGCACACCAACAAUUAUCUAGUUUAACAAGGAAAUAUGAUUCACUCAGGAAUUACAGAAUAUGAAUCUUAAAGUAGGAUCUUACUUUAUCAACUCAAACUUCUGUGAAGACUGGAAAUGCUAAUUAUAUGGAUUUUCAUUUGAUAUACCUCCAACCGGCUGGCUUUCUUAAAGCAAACCUGCCUUGCUGGAGAAAUUGCUACUUAAAGUGGUUGUAUUUUUUUUUUUUAAAUAACAAACAUGUUAUACUUACCUGCUCUGUGCAACAGAUUUGCACAGAGCAGCCCUGAUCCCCCAUCAAGUGCCCCCAUAACAAGCUGCUUUCUAUUAGGGCACACAUACUUGCUCACUCCUGAGCCACACAUAGUGCAGCUUGACCCCAUCCCCUGCUCCCUCCUCACUGGCUGUGAUUGACAGGAGUGGGGGCCAAUGAGGAGGGAGAGACCGAGAGAGCCUGUGCCCUAGUGCAUGGUGCUGAAUCAAGAUAGGGCUUUCUUAAGUAUAUGUUGGGGUGCUACAUACUGAAGGUUUUUUUACCUUAAUACAUUAGGCUAAAAAAGCCUGAAGGCUUUAGAACCACUUUAAACCAAGCUCAUUUACAUUAGUUAAACCUGUCCUUAAUUUGCACAUUGCUGCUAUAAAUAUAUAAGGUUGUUUAGGAGUUUGAGGUGCCUUAAAUGUACUUUCAUACUUAAUUUAAUUUGCAUAUGGCUAACAGGUUUCAUCACAUGCCUUCUUAUCUUUUUUAUUUUAAAAUAAAGCACUCAUGCAGUUUUGGAUUGGAAACGUUUAAUAACGUUGAGAUUGGGUUAUCUGCUGACUUUGUGAUAUGUGUAUUCUCAAAUAUAUUGGCUCAUGUUCUAUAUAAUCUGUAAUAUGUAAAGCAACAUCUGAAGUGUAAUUGUGCAUACAUAUUUGUAGCUCACAUUGAGUUAAAAUAAUUUUUUUUUGUAAUAAAACUGAUUAUAACUUAUGUUA